ACCGAAGAACAAAAGGAGUUUAACACUAUGGCGCUUGACCGCAAGUUGGAGCGCCUCAAGUCACUUGUCAAACAAUCCCAGGUGUUUUCCAACAUCAUCGCAGAGACUUUGUUUGCAGGAAGUGUCACCAAGGUUGAAGAGGCGCCGAAAAAACGAGGGCGGCCAAAGCAGAAUGCGCAGACGGGAAAAACAGGGACACGCGCGCAGCCGCGCAGCAUUACAGGCUGCACGAUGCGCGAGUACCAGCUAGAGGGCAUGGACUGGUUGAUCACACUCUACGAAAACGGGCUCAACGGGAUCCUCGCAGACGAGAUGGGAUUGGGAAAAACCAUUCAGGCGAUCUCGAUGAUUGCGUUCUUGCACGAACAGGGUAUCCGCGGACCGUUCUUGAUCGUCGCGCCGUUGUCAACCACGGGCAAUUGGGUGAAGGAGCUUGCGCGUUUCGCGCCAGACAUGCCGGUGCUCCAGUAUACAGGCGAUAAGAAUAGCCGCGCACGCUUGAGAGAAAAACACUUCCGUACGCUCCCGGCGGUGGUCGUGACCAGCUAUGAGCUCGCGAUUCUCGACCGUGUGCACCUCAACAAGUUCGACUGGAAGUACCUCGUGGUGGACGAGGGCCACCGUCUCAAGAAUAGCAAGUGCCUCUUGUUUCAGGAGUUAAAGAAGCUCCGCGUGGGUAACCGCUUGUUGCUCACGGGCACACCGUUGCAGAACAACUUGAACGAACUCUGGUCUUUGCUCAACUUUAUCCUCCCAGAUAUUUUUCACGAUUUGGCGUUGUUCCAGCAAUGGUUUGACUUCUCUUCCCUUGAGUCCCUCUCUGACGACACGGAUAAUGCGACAAAGCAGGUUAUUGAUGCAGAGAUCCAGAAGAACCUCGUCACCAACUUGCACACGAUUAUGAAGCCGUUCUUGUUGCGGCGCCUCAAAUCACAGGUCAUGGGUAACGUCAUUCCGCCGAAGAGAGAAUACAUUGUGUAUGCCCAUUUGGCGGAUGAGCAGCGUGUUUUGUACAAAGCCGCGCUUGCAAAGGACUUGAAGCGAGUGGUUUUGGCUGCUGCCUUCCAGGAUAGGGUGAAACUCAAUAGAGGGGAUUAUACAGGGGAGCAACCAGAGGUAGAGGAGGUGGUGGUGGAUAGGGGAGACCCGGUUCUCGAUGAAAUCUACACCUGCACCAAGAAAGAGGUUGAAAAGAUGAAGUUUGGUAACUUGAUGAUGAAGCUCCGCUUGAUUUGCAACUCUCCGUAUAUGUACUACUUCCCCUGGAGCGAGGAUACGCCGAUGGACAGCAGCAUCUACGCCAACAGCGGGAAAAUGCAGUUGCUAGACCAGUUGGUACCGCGAUUGCUCCAGGAAGACCACCGUGUGUUGAUCUUCUCGCAAUUCACGGGCAUGCUCGAUCUCAUACAGGACUGGUGUGACCACCGCGGCCAUGCGGCCAUGCGGAUUGAUGGAGCGACCGCGCAGGACGAGAGACAAGCGCAAAUCGAUGAGUUUACCGAGAGCAAUGACAUCAAAGUGUUUUUGCUCAGCACGCGGGCGGGCGGGCUUGGAAUCAACUUAACGGCCGCCGACUCCGUCAUCCUCUUCGACUCCGAUUGGAACCCGCAGGUAGAUUUGCAGGCAAUGGACAGGGUCCACCGGAUUGGACAGACAAAGCCUGUCGUAGUGUACCGCUUCGCGACGGCCAAUACGAUUGAGCAGAUUUUAUUGUCGCGCGCGGACUCCAAGCGCAAGUUGGAAAAGUUAGUUAUCCAGAUGGGUAGUUUUGGCGCGUUGUCAAAGUUGGCGUCAAGCGACGGGAACUUCGGGUCGACUGUUCAUGCGGCCAGCGAGCGCCAAUUAGUGGCGGAGCUCUCGCAGUUGUUGCUGACGAAGGGCUGGGGUAACAUGGAGCAUGUCGAUGAUAGCCGGUUGAGCGAAGAGGAGUUGGCCGAGUUGUUGGAUCGAUCCCCAAAGGCAUAUCAAAGCCGGGAGAUUGCGUUCAAGCACGUGGCGUUGUUCGAAACGGUGAACGCAUUGGAA